AUGGACUCCGUGUGGCUCCUUCUGCCCGCACUCUUUCUCUGCGUGUUUGGACUGUACAGCUCGCGGGGAGACCCUUAUCGUCGAAUGUCAGCCGGGGGGGUUCGGAAGCUGCCAGGGCCAUGGAGUCUUCCAAUUGUCGGUCGAGUGCGUGAUAUUCCAACAGAAACAACAUGGCUGCAUUUCUACGGAUGGUCCAAAGAAUUUGGACCCUAG